UUCCGACUCAUCGUCGACUCUGACUCUGCAUCCAAUAGAAGAUGGGAAUCGGGAAAUAUAGAAGGGGGAAUAAAACCUAGCCAAAUUAGCCGUCCCAUCUCGCUCUCGGCAAGCACAAAAGAGUUUUCGUUAGAUCAGCGAUGCAACAAGGAGAUUUCAGCUCCUAUUAUCAAUAUCCUUACAAUUCAAACCCCAAUCCCAAUCCCAAUCCUAAUCCCAUCCCUAUACCGAGCCCGAGCCCGAACCUCAAUCCAACACCAGCCGAAUUUCACCGACCACCUUACGCAUCCGCGCCUCCUUUUAGCUCCAGUUACACCUCCUCCGAUUACUCCGUAUAUCCUUCAAAUUACCCUCCCUAUUCCCAAAAUGUUGAUGCUGUCCCUCCCGCUGCUUCCUCUUAUACACCUCCACCGUCAGCCACAAUAAUUCCGCCGGCGAUAACUCCACAAUCGUCUUUCAAUCAACAACCCAUUGCGCCACCAUCGGUCACCGCAUCUCCUUCGUUCCCGCCUUAUGAUUCUCAAGUUCCUUAUCAGCCACCGACUUCCCAACCUCAUUAUUAUCAGUUGUAUGAUCAGCACCAGACGUCUUCCAGCUAUGGCCCUGCUCCGCCAAACCCUAACCCCACGCCUAAUCCACCUUACUAUUCAAAUCCGUAUGGCCAAGUAGGAUCAUUGGCAUCAUCUGUUCCUCCCGCUUAUGAAAACACUUUCGACAAUCCGUUGAAAUUCGAUCAUGGCGGCGCCGGUUAUUUCGAUGAUAAAUUUGGAGGAGGUUAUAACCUCAGCAGAUCAGAUUUUGGACCCGAUCUCUAUGGUAAGCGAUCGGAUAACUAUUCACGAUAUGAUGACGAUGGUUGUUACGGUGACGGGGUUUAUGCUUAUCAAGAAGGAAAGGUGGAGCCUUAUGGGGCACGUGGUUCUGCUCGAAAAUCGUCGAGUUGGGUUCAAUUUGAUGAUUAUGGGCGGUCUAUUAAUUUCCCUUCUGCGAAAGACUCCUCUGGUGGGUCAGGUUCAUCUGCGGGUAAGAUUUUGAAGGCGGUGCCUAAGGUUGAGACCCAGCAAGAUGAAAAGAGUGGUGUCCAGAAGUUUCGGGUUAAGUUGUUGUCUGAAAGUGGAGCACAUGGCCCCAUGGAUGUACUUUGCCAGAUUGGUUUAGAUGGUAUUCGUAUGCUUGAGCCUAGCAGCAGUCGAACAUUGAGAAUAUAUCCUCUUGAGAACAUCACAAGAUGUGAAGUGAUGGACUCAUCUACCCUGGCAUUCUGGUCCAAGAGCUCUGUUGACAUUGAACCAAGGCGCAUCAGGUUGCAAUCAAACAGUUACACAACAAACACCCUUCUGGAUAUUGUAACAGCUGCAACUGUACAGAUCAAGGAGAUGGGUUGGAAAAGUCGGCCUCCUGAACCUCUAAAGACUGCUGAUCUAUCUGCAGAAAAGAAGAGAGGAUUUGCUGACUGGAUGAACAUUAUAAAGCCUGGUGUUGAGGAGAAAGAUCAUUGGGUGCCUGAUGAAGCUGUUUCAAAAUGCACUGCAUGUGCAACAGAUUUUGGGGCUUUUGUACGGAAGCACCACUGCAGGAACUGCGGGGAUAUUUUCUGUGAUAAGUGUACCCAAGGUAGAACUACUCUAACUGCUGAUGAGAACGCUCAACCUGUCAGGGUUUGUGACCGGUGCAUGGCUGAAGUGACUAGGAGGCUGAGUAAUGCUAAGGAAGCAGCAAGUAAACCUACUGGGUUACAGAGUCAUGAGGAUCUUGCUAGGAAGCUUCAGGAGGAGAUGGGGAAAAGUCGCAGUGCAUUAUCAGGGACCAAGUCCAACGGAUCUGGUAGACAGAUGAAGGAGGUUGCCUGUCCUACAUGCACUGUUCAUUUGCAGGUACAAGUUCCCAGCUCAGGCUCUGAGACCGUUGAAUGUGGGGUGUGCCAGCAUCCUUUCCUUGUUAGUGCCCAUUGAUCCUGGGCUUUUGUCACCAGCAAAGGCUCUUAGUUUUCUCAAUCAAUUUCUUGUUGAGGUUGUGAUUAUGAUAAACCAAUAUGGAUUAGAUUUCUGUGUUUUCAUUUAUUUUUCAAAACCUGUGGGACACUUUGGUCUUCUGUUCAAGUUAUUGUGCAUAUGAAAAUUGCUUGUUAAUCUCGAGUCAUGCCUGUUUAUAAAUUUUACAGAUCCUUUUUAACUUAUAAU